GGCGCUGGCGGCGGCUGCGGCAGCGGCGGCAUUUUAGUCAGCAGCGGCGGCGGCAGCGGGGCUGCUGCUCCUCCCAGCAUCCCUGGCGCGGCCAUUUCAGCCCCAUCUUGGCCGAGGGGAGGGAGCUGCAGCCGCCGCUUCAGCAGUUUGAAUUUCAGUUUCUCCAGGGCCUGCGAACUGGGCGCACUGAGGAGGAGCCGAAGAAGCUAUCGCCGCUACAUCACACAGCCGGAGCGCCGCCGCUCACCGUCCAGCUGGCCGCCGCCCCUCACUCUCUCAAGAGCCGCGAGGGGAGGCCGAGACCGCCGCCGCCGCUCGCCGGCCCGCGGGGGUGGCUCCCCCUGUGAGAGGAGGACCGAGCCGGCUUUCCCCUCCCCCGGAGCGGGUUUCCGCCAGAGACAGUCGACAUGUCCCUGGGGCUGAGCUCCGGCUAGAGCCGGGGAGGGAGGGCCGCCCGCCUGCGCCAAAGCUCCGCCAGCUCUUGGCUGAAUCAGGAAUCCCCGGCUCCGGACUCGCCACUCCUUCUUCCCUCGGCGUCCGAAAGCCCGGAGCUGACGCCGGCGCUGGCUCAAGGAGCUGGAGCGGGGCAGCACCGCCCCUCACGCCGCCGCCGCCGCCGCCUCCUCCUCCUCCCCUUCGCCCUCCCACUCCCACCCCCAGUCAAGGCCUGCUGACCGCGCCGAGCGCCGAGCUGGACUGACCACGGUGGCCCAGAGACGGGAGGAAGCAGCAGCCGACCCGCCCCUGAGAUCGCGCUCUCGCCGCCACUGAGGGGAUUGAAUUGAGGCGCCGCGGCUGCGGGAAGCGAGAAGGAAGGCGGAGCCGCCGCGUGAGUGAGACGGGGGCUGAGCCGAAGAGACCAACACCGAGAAGGAAACAGGAGGAGGAUGUCUCACCGAGGGACCGGCACCCAGAUUAGCCCGUGACUCUUCCAGCGGCGGGCCUCAGAGCCCAGCGCGGACUCGGACUUUGUCUUUGGGGGACCGUGCCCUGCCCUUCCUGGUUUCCGGCAAGAUCGCAGAGGAGCCGGCGUGCCUCUCUGCCCUCCAGCCUUCCUCACCAUGUCCAAGAUGCCGGCCAAGAAGAAGAGCUGCUUCCAGAUCACCAGUGUCACCACGGCCCAGGUGGCCACUAGCAUCACCGAGGACACCGAGAGCCUGGACGACCCGGACGAGUCACGCACAGAGGACGUGUCCUCCGAGAUAUUCGACGUAUCUCGGGCCACGGAUUACGGCCCCGAGGAGGUCUGCGAGCGCAGCUCCUCUGAAGAGACGCUCAACAAUGUUGGGGAUGCGGAGACUCCCGGGACCGUCUCCCCAAAUCUCCUCCUAGAUGGGCAGCUGGCGGCCGCGGCAGCCGCUCCCGCCAAUGGAGGAGGAGCCGUUUCGGCUCGGAGCGUGGCUGGGGCCCUGGCCAGUACCCUGGCGGCGGCCGCCACCUCGGCCCCCUCUUCGGGGGCUCCUGGCGCCCCUCCGGUCGCAGGCCCCUCCUCCGGGCCAGGGACUGCCGCCCCAUCGCAGCCCCCCACCACUUGUAGUUCCCGUUUUCGUGUGAUCAAGCUGGACCACGGGAGCGGGGAGCCCUAUAGACGCGGCCGAUGGACGUGUAUGGAAUACUACGAGCGGGAUUCCGACAGCAGCGUCCUGACUCGGUCCGGGGAUUGCAUUAGGCACAGCAAUACUUUUGACCAGACUGCGGAUCGGGACAGUGGUCUGGGCGCCACCGGAGGGUCGGUGGUGGUGGUGGUGGCCUCCAUGCCGGGGGCGCACGGUCCCGACUCGGGAACUGACAGUUCCUUGACUGCUGUGUCACAGCUGCCCCCGUCGGAGAAGAUGAGCCAGCCCUCUCCGGCCCCGCCGCAGAGUUUUGGCGUUGGGCAGCCGCAGCCGCCGCCGCCGCCCGUAGGUGGGGCUGUGGCUCCGAGCUCCGCUCCGCCGCCGCCGUUCCCGGGAGCCGCGGGCGGGCAGCCGCAGAUGAUGGCAGCCCCGCCGCCCAGCCAGCCCCAAGGCGCCGGGCCGGCUGUCGUCCCCCAGGGGCCCAACGGACAGGCCCUGCCGCUGACGAAUGUAACCUUGGCGCAGCCCAGCCCGGCCGUCGGCGCUUCUGGCGCGCCGCCGCCCCAGCAGUUCGCGUAUCCCCAGCCUCAGAUUCCGCCAGGCCAUCUACUUCCCGUCCAGCCCGCGGGCCAGAGUGAGUACUUGCAGCCGCACGUGGCCGGGCUGCAGCCGCCCAGCCCGGCGCAGCCCUCGUCCACAGGCGCCGGAGCGGGCCUCGCUGCGGCGGCCAGCCUCCCCGUGGGCCCCGGCCAGAACGCCUCUUCCGCGGGCGCGCAGAUGAUGGGCGCGCCUCCCCUGCCGGGCGAAGCCGUGGCCCCGGGGCCAAGCCCCGCGCCGGGCGGACCGGCCGCGCCCGGUCAGCUGGCCGGAGUGCCCCCGGCGGCCGUGGGAGGCGCAGUGCCCCCGGGCCUUGUUCCUGCCGGGGCUGGGCCGCCCCAGCUUGCGCCUCCGCCGCAGAUGGGUGGCAGUGGCGCGCCGUCGGCGGUGCCUGGGGGCCCUCACGCCAUGGUGCCCGGAGUUCCCAACGUGCCUGCAGCCGCGCCCGCUCCCAGCGUGCCUAGUGUGUCUACCACUUCUGUUACUAUGCCAAAUGUACCCGCGCCUCUGGCCCAGUCGCAGCAGCUGAGCAGCCACCCGCCAGUCAGCAGGAGCGGCAGCAUAAUCCAGCACGCUGGGCUGCCCUUAGCGCCAGGCAUCGCCAGCGCACCGACGAGUCUACCGCAGUCUGACCUAAGCCAGUUUCAGACUCAGACCCAGCCUUUAGUCGGGCCAGUUGACGAUACUAGAAGAAAAUCAGAACCCCUACCUCAACCACCACUUUCUCUCAUUGCUGAAAAUAAGCCUGUUGUGAAGCCUCCUGUUGCAGAUGCCCUGGCAAACCCCCUUCAGUUAACACCUAUGAACAGUCUCGCCACAUCUGUAUUCAGCAUAGCUAUUCCUGUUGAUGGUGAUGAAGACAGGU